CAGCAGCAACAGCAGCAAGAAGGCAGACAAAGCCAAGACCAAGGACAAGGACAUCAGCAAUCCGGCAUAUUGCCAGCGUCUACACCUGCACCACCGCCGCCCAUCAGCGCAUCCGGUGCUGCCACUGCUGCGCCUCGAGUGGCAAAUCCUUUAGACAGCUUGACGACGUGCCAACGCGGCCUCCUUCCACGCCGUCGUCUCCACCGGACAGACAACACUGUGAGUGAGCGGAAUCAGUUUGCCGAUCAGGUUUUGUGCCGAACUCCACCGCCAGUCUACGCCUCGUUGCCAGCUACACCGCCACCCUCUUACACGCCACCGCACAGUGGCUGUGGUGCGGCUGUGGAUACCACUGGUCGUCUGCUCACAAACGCCCGACGAGCUGAUGAUGUCUGGCAGCGUUAUGGAGUAGAGCCCGAACAAUGUCAACCUUUCAACGCGCCGCUACUGCUGGGCAGUAAUGCUGCCGAGUACGUUGAAGUGGUGCUGCCGGUGAAUGGUGUUGGUGGAUGUCAGCAGGGAAGUCAGCAGCAGCAGCAAUUAGUGUAUCGUAGCGAGAAUGUGGCACCAAUUGUGGAAGAGCAGCAGCAGCAACAACAGCAAGUACCAGAGCAAGUGUGUUUAUUUGAACCACAGUUACAAGUUACAACAAGAGAGCAACAACAGCACCAACAGCAAUUACGUCGACGUCGUCGUUUACAUUUGCUGCAGCAGCAGCGUUUAUCGAAUAUUAACGUCGUUAGCACGGACAGCACGAGUAGCAGCAGCAAUUGCAGUAUUGGCAAUCGAAACAAUUACAACAACAACAACAACCAGUACAACAACAAUAAUAUUCCGUUUGGCACUGGUGCCGGUGGUAGCAGUAGCGACAGUGAAGCCUACGCCCGUUUGCCGAUCGGCAGCGAACGACGACGCCAGCGGCGCCAACAGCGCAUUGGACGCGGACUAAGGGAUGCCUAUUGCCCCGAUUUAUUACACGCCUGCUCACUUAUCCUACACCAACCGAUCGAGGCAGCCCUCGAACCCAAUGACACGAGCAACGACAGUUCCGUUAGCAAUUUUACGGCAACGCCACCACCCAGAUCUCAAAGUAGGUGUUCCACAGAGCACGUGGAAAUAGGAGAUCUCCGUCCAGUGACACGUGAUCGAGAAGGAGAACGUUUUAGAGAUUUUCAACCUGAUAACUGGCAGAUUGAUGUGGGACGUGCCGUGAGCACCCCUGAACUGAGACCAUAUGAGCAUAGAUAUGACAAUGGCGUACAAGUAAAUGUGGAAAGCAUUGAAACCAGAGACGACGUCGAGUACCAAAGAUUGACACAGAACUCCACGCAACGGAUAAUGGGUCAGAAUUUAAGUUUGCGCCGGCCGCGUAUCUCACUGACUUGGGUAUUAAGAGAACAACAACAACAGCAGCAACAACAACAAACUGAUAUACAAGCACCCACAAAUGGGUGCGGUGAUAAUGACGAUGACGUGCCGAGUACAACGACGAAUCACGUCGGCAAUGGAACAACAGAGACACCAAAUAAUAAUAACGGUUGCGUGAAUGGCACGCUCACAGCAAAGCAACAAACAGAAGUGGUACCGACUCAGCUUACCACCACCUCGACAACGAAUACAGCCACGACCACAACAACAACAACAACAACGAAACGCUAUCGGAUCAAGCAGAUACCGGGAAACAGCGAUCCACUCAAUGGGUAUGCAACCACGCCCACAGCACACAUGCCAGCAAAUGGCGCCUUGGCACCACAAAAGUUCUUCAGUAAUCAAAAUUUACUUGAGUAUAGGGAUAAGACGCGCCCACCCUCACGCGAGUUGCUCUUCGUCUGUACGCCGCAACGACUACCGAAAAGUUAUGACACGAGCGAAGCACUUUCGUUGGCUAAAAAGCGCAACGAAAUACGCAAAAGACUUGCGGCCAAGAUGGCGACGCUGCAGGCGAACGGUAGAGCCAAUGCUGAUGGUGCAGAGGCGAGUCAAUUGGGUAAAAAUGGUUGUGGGGUCACGGUAACAGCAGGGGGUGUAGACACUAGCAAAGGCGUUGUGCUCGAAAAAGACGAAUUGAAAUCAUUAAAGGGCACUUACUCUGAGCCGAGUUUGAUUGUAGCUUCGGAAGGCCAACACCGACGUCACCGGCAUCGCAAAAGACGCGAACGUAGUCGUGGACCAAAGUUUGGUUACGAGAUUAAUAAUGUGGACGAGUUUCUAACGAAGUGCUCGCUAGCUUCUCCGGGGAAUAUACCUGUCGUGUUAUCCACAGCCUGUACCCUAUACCAAACGCGUCCAGGACAAAAUCAGAUUGAGAUACCACUACCGCUGGGUAUGGUUGUGAAUGCGGUUUUUAAAAACCAGAACUGGUUAUACGUUCAAACACCGCACGCCGAGGAGGGCUAUGUCGGCUACACGUGUUGUCUGCCGCUCGGCAUACUACCGCCGAGUGUGCGCACCGCCGGAGCUACAAAUAACAAGCCUGCACCAUGCUGGGAGUCUAAUGGUGAUAUAUUUCCACGUCCAGGCGGUAAUAUGACCGACUCCGAGAAGGAGAUACGUCUGCGUGGCGGUACGCGAUCCGAUGGUGCGCGUACACCUCGCGGCAAACGCGGUGAUGCAGUGGGUACCGAUGUAGACACCGCAAAUGGCAAUGCCUCUUCGAUUGUGUCGGCUACAGCCUCAACAUGCGGCGAGCAUCAGGUGGAUCGGCUCUAUUUACGUGCCGCAUCGCAACCGCGUCUAGUCGAGAAAGCUUACGCGCAACUCAAGUCCACCAAGCAGGCGCUGGCGUUGCGCAAUGGCGGGAAUGAUGAGUAUGUAACGCUACAACAACGCCAACAACAACAACAUCAGCACAAGUCCCAAUUGCAUGUGCAAAAACAUAUGCAACAACAACAGCAGCAGCUCCAACAGCUGCACCAUAAACAGCUCUUUAAUGGUCCCUACAUCACAAACGGUCACAACGGUCAGCAUCUACAUCCAAAGAAUCCGAACAGUUCAGCAGCUCCCGUCAGCGUCUCGAAUGCGACGCCCAGCGUUGCCUCCAUGACGCAUAGCGCUAGCUUUGCUGGCAAAUCUUCGGUAAAUGGCAGCGUGCGGAGUUCACAUCAUCACCACGCCAGCGUCCUACAUAUGGUCAGUCGCAAACAGCCGCACGGUUUACGUCAGACGCUCGUCGCCAUCAACACCGAUUAUACCACCGACAGCAUCAUCCUGCACAAGGGCGAAAUUGUGACGCUCUGCGAGUGUCGUGAAUCCAAAGAUCAUCAACAGUGGUUCUACGUGCGCACCCGCGACGGUCGUGAGGGCUACAUACCCGCCGAAGUGGCUGGGCAUGGUUACUUGUAAACUCACUAUCGCCACCUACGAUGUCGUGCUUGUUUUUUACCCCCCAAACAUGCUUAGCAAAUAGAGCGCAGGGAGAG